AUGAAAGCUGCUUACUGGUUUGAGCAAUCGAUCUUCCCUGCUUCAGCCAUAAACUCAUCGUUGUACACUCACAUUUGCUACGCUUUCCUCGUGCCAAACAGCAUCACAUACAAAUUACAAGUUUCAAAUUCAACGGCUGAAAGCCUCUCGAGAUUCACGAGUAGCCUCGGCACCAAGACCCCUCCCCUAAAAACCCUCCUCUCCAUCGGUGGAGCAGGCAGUAACCGCGCCGUGUUUGCUCAAGUCGCCUCUAACCAUACUUCGCGAGAAACCUUCAUAAAUUCCGCCAUUGAGGUAGCAAGAAAUUUCGGCUUCGAUGGGCUUGACCUAGAUUGGGAAUUCCCGCAAACUUCCACAGAAAUGGAUCACUUAGGCCUACUUCUCCGAGACUGGCGCAACGCAAUUCUCGACGACGCCAAAAGCAGAGGCCAGCCGCCGCUGCUUCUCACCGCCGCCGUGUACUUCGCCGUCGAGUUCUUCCUAUCCCCCACGCCCCGCACGUACCCGGUGGCUUCAAUCAACGACAAUAUGGACUGGAUCAACGUAAUGUCCUACGAUUAUAACGGGGCGUCGAGUAACAGGACCGGGCCUUUAGCUUCAUUUAACCCGAGAAGCAAUGUAAACACCGUAUACGGGCUUCGGUCGUAG